GCGCAUGCGCCGGAAGUUGCUGCCGCAGACAGCGACACUGAUUCGGCAACGCAGAGCAACAUCACGAGAAAAAAAUCAAAACACAGUAUCCAAAAAAAAUACUGGUCUAUUACGAUGUUUUGAGCAAUGUGUAUUGCCAUGGUCCACGAAGAAAACCCGUGUGAUUGGUCAAACACUCAGCUCGACGCUUCCUUGUCUGACCGACAACCAAUCGGAGAGAUUUUUUUGGGAGGCUUCCGUGUUGAUGUAAAAGAGUGGGCGGGGUCAGUUCGUGGAGAAAGCAGUGCGAUAGACGCUACUGCUUGAACCCCGACGCCAACGGAUCUAGUGUAUGUAGCUCCGCGGCUGUCCGUGUUGAAUUUCAUUCGCGGUCCAGGGGAUUUUAAACAUGCAUAUCUGUCCCGUGGAUUGGUUCUAAAUGUGUGCGAUUUCAACGAAUUUAAAUAACUGGAUCUCGGGCACAAAGUCUCACUUUCUUGGCUACUUAAUCCAGGAAUGUGUCUCCACGUUGGGUGAGCUCAGCUGCAGGGAUCACAUUGCCCCACAAUGACAGUGUAAGGAGGAGUGUGUGGCCCAUGUUGCUCUAGGAGUGUGUGAGUGUGUGUGUGAGAGUGUGUGUGCGCGUGUGUGUGUGUGUGUGUGAGUGAGAUGCUGGCCUGUCUGCCAGGGCCAGGUGAUCUCUCCCUUCAGCUCCAUCCCCACUCGCAGAUGAACACUGGACUUCAGAAAUGGGACACUACACAAAGGAUGAGAUCUGCUCAAUAUCCAACCCCUGCAGAAUUGGAUGCUUAUGCUAAAAAGGUUGCCAACAAUCCACUCACCAUCAAGAUCUUCCCCAACAGCGUCAAGGUCCCUCAGCGAAACCACGUUCGGCGUACCGUCAACGGAUUGGAUACCGCUGGUCCCCGAUACAGUCCCUACCCCUCCGCUCAGGCCACUGCCAAGGCCGGCCUCCUUGCUAUCGUCAAAGUGCCCAUGGUCAAGGGCAUCAUCAAGGACUUUGACGGCACACGUGCACGUCUGCACCCCGAGGUGAUUAUGAAUGCCACGGGGGCCCCUUAUGCAGUGACCUCGGCCAGCACUUUAAAUUUGCACCACCCGUCGCAGGGUCCUCCCCGAGCAUCCCAGAAUCUGCAGGGGCUUCCUCCACACCCUCAGAAUCUUCAGACUUUGCAACAACAACAACAACAGCAGCAGCAGCAGUCUGGACCUCCACACCAAGGACUCAGACACCCACCCGCUUCCUCCAUGUCACAACAACCCCAGGGUCUUCCGAGGCCCCAGACUAUUUCCCAUGCCGUUUCUUUAGGCCACUCUGGCCCCCACCCUCCGUCAGCCAUUCUGCUUCCUCAGCAGCACCUACAAAACCCACCUCCAAGCCUCCAGGUAGGCACCAGGAAGCCACCAGUUGCAGAUGCCCCUCCUAAUGUGACUGUUUCUACCUCAACCAUUCCAUUAUCCAUGGCCGGGGGCCUCCACCACGGUCAUCAGGCCGAUUUAAACAGCAUAGUGCACCAGAUAAGCCAGUUCUGCCAGGCUAGAGCUCAGGGCGCUGGUGCUACGUCAAUGUGCGAAGGGCAGAUUGCGAACCCCAGUCCCAUUAGUCGAAAUCUACUCAUCAAUGCUAGUUCGCGAGUACCAGUGCACGGGGGAAACCCCAGUGCACCUCACACCGGCCACAUGCACUCAUCCUGUGCCAUCGGACCUCCAGAUAAAGCACCUGCACCGGUGAGCGCAAUGCCAACUCAUAACAUGGCCUCCAUUAACUGUAUGUAUCACAGUGAUAUGAAGCAACAGCAGCAUCAUCAACAACAACAACAUCUACAGCAUCCACAACAUCAGCCACAGCGAAAUCCCCAGCACCCGCAGAUGAGGUCAUGGAGUCAACAUCAGCUAGCUCACCUUCAGCACAUCUCCGAGGGGAAUGGACACCCCUGCAAACCCCCUCAUACUCAUGACACUGGCCUCCCCUGUAAGGGCAUUAACUAUCCCCCAGAGAUGACCAUGGGGCAGCCUUAUGCCAUGAAGCCCUCUAGCCCCUCUUCCCCACUUGCCAACAAUAAUAGUAACAGCGCAAUGGCCCCAGGAGCGGUGACGCACUACACCAAUGGCCAGUACUACCACCAUCACCAUCAGGCACCGGUGUGGGGUAGCAUUCUUCCCACGCCCAACAGCGACAGUUCCAACUCGCAGGACCUCCCAGUGCCCUUCCAUGGCCCUGCAGGCACUGGCACGGGCAAUACCAACCCCACCCCAGGGAUGGACUGCGCCCCCACAGGAGGACCGGCCCAUUACCGAUUAGUAGGGGGUGCCUUAAUAGGGCAGACGAAUCUGAUGCAAACCGCUGAUUGCAUGGGAGGGGAUUUCCAGACGCCCUGCUUCCGAGAUCAGAAUCUCAUCCUGAUGGGGAAGAUGCACAGGCCACCCCCUAUGGGUCGGGUAGUGGUCCCCCCCUCUGAGUCGCAAGGCCAGCACCCAGGGUACAGAUAAGCUUCAGGCCACAAGCCUCAGACACAGUUUCUCUCCUCAGUGAAGUCAGCCAACAAACCCUUGUGUCCUCUACGUCUUCUCUUAGUCUUAACAAUGAAAUUACAAAUGAACAAAUGAAAUGAGCCUUUUAUUAAGGAUGAAAGGAAAAACUCAAGGAUGAUUAAUUCAACAAACAAAUAUAAAAGAACGACAAGCAGUGUUUAUUAAUCUUGCAAGUGAUCAAUUCUUUUUUUCUUUUAGAGUGCGUUUGAUGCACUGAAGGGAUUUGAUUUGUUUAGUUUCAUUUCUCGAUAUAUCCUAGUACCUGGAUCUGGGAUGCUUCUGAGUUGUAUGAACAUAUUUUGUUAUUGCUUUCAAUUUUAUUUUCGUUUUAUGAAAGAACGUGUCCCACAAAGCAUCUCACCAGGCUUUCUGUCUAUUCUGUAUUCAUUUAGCUGUCUUUGUUUUAAACCUGCUCUAAAACAUUAACAUUUACUUAAUCUCUUUUUUUUUAAGCACAAUACUUUCUUUGUCCUUUAUCUUUUUCAGUAGCUGAACUAUGUGGGAAUGUGUCAAUCAGUCCUUACAGAUUUUUCUUAGGUGAUAGCUCUUAUCAUGUGUUCCCGUACACGAGGAGUCUUUUAACAUUAUCUAACAUGUAAAUGGAUUAAUGUGUGAAACCGAUUUAUUAUUAAUCUCAAACCUGUGCGCUGCUGUAGGCUUGUUCUUGUCAAUCAAUGGAGGGUUAAAACAUCUUGGACAUCACUGUCAGGAAACUUCAAAGACAGGAUAGCCAAAAAUAUAUAGAUAUGUAUUGUAUAUAUCAUGCUUAUCUCUCGUGCUGCGAAAAGAUCAGGUGUCAUUUUGUGUUCUCAAUCACCGAUGCCAGUGAAGAGAAUUGAGGAGUUUUUCUAUGUAAAGGGUAGAGGAAAAAAGUUACUAAUGUUAAAGCUGUGCCAUUUUUACCGCAUCAUUAUACUCCCCUCUUAACAUAUGAUAAACUAUUACUUGAAUUAUAUAGAUGAUUUGGUGUCAUGUCAUGUGGGGUAUAGCUAUACGUGGGUUAGCAGGACUAAACGCACUACUGAAGAAAGUGUCUGUAGGCUUGUUACUAAUAAACUAACUAUGAACCAAAUCAAGGGUUUAUGACCCUGAAUUUUUUUAUUCAUCCAUUAUAAUAACAAAGUAGGAGUUGCUACUGAUUAUUUUGUGAAGUGUGCUUGAAUUGACCAAAUUGAUCACUUGCAAGAUCAUUUGGGGUUAAAUUGAGGAGGACUUGUUUUUAAGGAAAAGUCAUAAAGGUAAAACAGCAGAUAAAUUGCUUAUUUUAUUGUACACUGGCUAAUCUACUGUACUGCUGUAACUUUAAAGAAGUGUAAUAAUUGUGUAUGAAUGCGGAUGCAUAUGGAUAUGGGUUCACAGACUUUGUGUGCAUGUGAGUGCAGUUGUAUGUGUUGGUUGGUGGAUGGUGUGUGUAUGCUGGUGAGUCAGUUUGUUUUGACUCGCUGUCUGUAUGCCUCUCCUUAACAGCCCUCAUGAAGCCUUAAGUAUUUGGUCCUUGGACUUUCCUUUGACAACAAGCAUGAUUAUAAUAAAGAUAUAAUGAUUCUGAUUUUGAAAAAUAGACUAUAAAGGAACAGCAUUUUUCCUUUGUUUAUUUUUAUUAACUCAAGCUUUUGUUGAAUAGAGAAGCAAUUCUUUAGAAUUACUUUAUAAUGUAAACAAAGAAAUAAAGAAUAUUUUAUCGUCAUUAUGUUUUAUAGCUGUGUGUAGUACUGGGCUGUAACAAAAUCUUUUUAUUCCAAGUUUCAAAGCUUCAGUUUUGCAAUUUGUGCUAUUUAUAAUUCUGAACUAGAUUUUUUCUCAUUAUUUAAAUCUUUUUCAUUUAGCAAUUGCUGUGAAAUGGAGGAAGCUUUUUACAAGUCUUUCUCAUAUCUGUCACUCUGUGGCUGUCGAUUGAAUGUGUGGCGAGAAUCUGACGAGUGUGAGAGUUGUGCUACUCUUUUUUUGUAAUAU